CUGGAACUUUGGCCUCUCACCUAUCAGAGCCCUGCUCAACUUCGCGCCAUCCUACCCUCCCACGCUACAUGUAGGAAUUCCCCCAUUCCGCUUCGUCCCACUUACACCUUGCUGAUCUGCCCGCCCCCAUGCAGUCCAGUCCUGGUCCUGUAGUGCGUGAGAGGGCCUCUGCCUUAGGUCCCUCAUCUGUUCGAGGUUGCCGGCGCCAAUUCAAAACUACCUGCUCCCCCGAGUGACCGAAUUGUUGGACCUCUAUUUUCUCCCUUCCGACAGCUGGUCUCUGCGAAAUCUGAUUCCUAUCGUGCUUCAUUCUUGCUUUGAUCACCGAAAUCUGUUGCAUGUCCCGAAGUCGGUCUUCCUGUUGACGACCCAAAGUCUAAGGGGUGCCUUUCCUAUAUACUAGACACGCUUCUCUUGCUACCACCUUUUUCGUCGUCCGGAACACAGUCACAUAGCAUAGCCAUGGCUUCCCAAGAAGAUAGAAGGCGGCCUGCUGCCCUCAACCUCGCCCCGGCCCGAUCAGCAUCCACAGACUCAUCCUCCUCAGACUCAUCACUCAAGCCCCCUCGCACUCCUCGCUUCGCAGAGGCAACAUCAGUUCACUCUCCCGUCGAUGGCGUCCGGUCACCGUUCGCAGACCCCGUCAGAUCAGAAGUGCCUCAGUCCCGGCCUGGGGAUAUCGGGUUCGGUUACAUCAACAACAGCGGCGGCAACCGCGAGUCCGUCGCCGUUCCCAUGACUCCCAGAUCACCACUCAAGAGCGCCAUGAGGGUGCCCGGAACACCAGCGAGGAAGAUUGUCGAGAACCCGCUCAGCCCGACUUUCCGUGAGGAGGAUAUCUUGGAGAAGCGUGAAGCGGCGACCGACAAGGAGCAAGCACGCGACUUGAAAAUCAAGACCCGCGUCCGUAUGGCAAAGUUCGCCCUUCGUGGCGUCAGCUUCAGCUGCAGUUUGAUCAUCAUCUCCAUGCUUGCCGCCUCUUUCCAAAUCUUCAACGCUACCAAACGUCUCCCUGCCCAGAGUGGUCUGCCAUCAUGGGCUGAAGGAACCGCCAUCUGGCCCCAAGUCCUGGUUAUCACUAGUAAGUCGAGGCUUCAGAUCUUGAAUCUUCGCCAUUUUCUGACAACCUUCACAGUGUCUUCCAUCUCCCUCGCUGUCUGCAUCGGCGUCCUCCUUGCCUACUGCCGCGGCGGCCACCAACGUGCCGAAAAGGUAGCAACCUACUACACCCUCUUCGCCAUCGGCUGGUUCAUCCUCUCCAUGGUCAUGUGGGCCAUCGCCGCCGGCCUCUUCCAGUCGAGCCGCAGCAACGGCGGCGGCAAGGACAUGUGGGGCUGGUCGUGCAAGGAGAACAAGCGCGCCGAGGUCUUUGGCGAAAAGGUCGACUACGCCCUCAUCUGCCGUCUCCAGAACUGGGCCCUCAUCUGCAUGGUCAUCGAGAUCGUCAUCGACGUCAUCUGCGUCCUGCUCUACAGCAUCGUCUUUUACCGCUACUACACCAAGCGCCGCCUCCACAAGUCCAUGGACAUGCGCGACCGUGCCCGCUCCGACCUCUACCUCGCCCAGCUCCGCUCCCAGUCCGCCCCCAACACGCCCGGCCUCAAGUCCCCCGGCCUCUACUCCCAGUACGCCCUGUCCCCCCGCCACCCGGACAAGACUUUCGAGAGCCUGUCCCGCAUCGAGGAGGCUGGCGCCUCCCCCUUCACCCCCGGCACCCGCUUCGUCGAGCCCGAGUCCAGCUUCGGCAAGCCCAAGCCCGCCUUCCAGCUCCAGGCGCCCCCGACAAAGGCGCGCGCGGCGACCAAGCCGGGACAGGAGGCGUACACACCCACCUCGCCCGAGGGUCCCGGUCCGGCGUUCCCCUUCCAGCAGCAGCAGCAGCAGCAGCAGCAGCCGUCAUUCCACCAGGAGCAGCCUCAAGCUCAGCAACACGCCCCCAUGGCCGCAGAUGAGCCCGUCUACGACGCUGUGCCGAUCCCCGGCGCCUACGCCGACGCGCCUGUCAAGAGCCCGCCCCCACACCAAUACUCCUUUGGCCAAGCAAGAUAAAGACGACAAAAAAGGACGAGCAAAAGGAGGGAUGUUGGAAAGAAAGACACGGUGUGAUGAUCACGAAGACGAGUGAAAGAAAUUCAGAGCCUGCGUGUGUGCGUUCCAAAAAGGAACAGCUUCUUUUUUAUUCUUUUUUCUUUGU